AGGGGGAGGAGGGAGGGCAGAGCGUCCUCCAUCUUCUGCGAUACCACAGCUUCAGACCUAACACCUGACCAAACGACAAACAUCGGCCAUCAUGGGAGCCGUUCUGGGACUGUGCUCUAUGGCGAGCUGGAUCCCGUGCCUGUGCGGCAGCGCCCCCUGCUUGCUGUGUCGAUGCUGCCCCAGUGGGAAUAACUCCACGGUGACUCGGCUCAUCUACGCCUUCUUCCUGCUGCUGGGAGUGGGUAUCGCCUGCAUUAUGUUGAUGCCUGGCAUGGAGACCCAGCUGAAGAAGAUUCCAGGCUUCUGUGAAGGAGGGAUGGGUUCGUCCAUUCCUGGCGUGGAGGGUCAUGUGAACUGUGACGUGCUGGUUGGCUACAAGGCUGUGUACCGUGUCUGCUUUGGGAUGGCCAUGUUCUUCCUGCUCUUCUCUCUGCUCAUGAUCAAAGUGAAGAGCAGCCAGGACCCCCGAGCCGCGCUGCACAAUGGAUUUUGGUUCUUUAAGUUUGCUGCAGCUGCUGCCAUCACCAUCGGGUCAUUUUUCAUCUCAGAGGGUCCCUUCACUACUGUGUGGUUCUAUGUUGGCAUGGCUGGAGCCUUCUGCUUCAUCCUCAUCCAGCUGGUUCUACUCAUCGACUUUGCCCACUCCUGGAACGAGUCCUGGGUGGAGAAGAUGGAGGAGGGCAACUCUCGCUGCUGGUAUGCAGCUCUGCUAUCCGUCACCACGGUGAACUACCUGCUGUCUUUGGUGUCUCUGGUCAUGUUCUACGUCUACUACACCCACUCUGACGGCUGCACUGAGAACAAGGUCUUCAUCAGCAUCAACAUGCUCCUUUGCUUGGCUGCCUCCGUCUUGUCCAUCCUGCCUCAGAUCCAGGAGUCCCAGCCCAGGUCUGGCCUGUUGCAGUCCUCCCUGGUUACCCUGUACACCAUGUACCUGACCUGGUCUGCCAUGACCAAUGAGCCUGACAGAAAAUGUAACCCGAGUCUUCUGGGUAUUAUUGGGCUGAACAGCACCAGUCCUGCAGGUCGGGACCAAGUGGUUCAGUGGUGGGAUGCCCAGGGAAUUGUGGGAUUGAUCCUCUUCCUCAUGUGUGUCCUCUACUCCAGCAUUCGUAAUUCAUCCAACGCCCAGGUGAACAAGCUGACUCUGACCAGCGACGAGUCGGCUCUGAUCGAGGACGGGCCUCAGAACGACAGCUUCGAGGAGGGUGGCGCUCUCAACAGAGCUGUGGACAAUGAGAAGGACGGCGUCACCUACUCCUACUCUUUCUUCCACUUCAUGCUGUUCCUGGCAUCACUCUACAUCAUGAUGACUCUCACCAACUGGUACAGCCCUGACUCCAACUAUGAGGCCAUGACCAGUAAGUGGCCGUCAGUGUGGGUGAAGAUCUCAUCCAGCUGGAUCUGCAUCGCCCUCUACGUGUGGACACUGGUGGCUCCGCUGGUCCUGGUCAACAGAGACUUUGACUGAAACACACUCAUACACACAUUUAUGCUCACACACACAUUCAUACUCUGCUUCACCUGUGUUUUGUUUCGGCAAAGUCAGUUUAACAGUAGUUAGAUAACCCUGCAUCUGUUCCCGCUGUAAGGGGCGCGGCUGCACUCAGACUGGCUGGAAUAUUUCAGACUUGUUUGUGGCUGUGGCUUGUAUGCACAGACUGCAGGGUAGACGGCUGGAGAGCCAGCAAGAAUGUUUGAAUCUGUCCCGUCCCAGCUCUGACUGCAGCCUGGUCUCGUUCGGUGUACUGUCAUUGUCCCCAUGCUGUUGCCAUUGUAGAUAUAUCCUGUGUAAUCCUUGUGAAUGAUUUUGUUUUUGUUAUAUACAGAAAGCUGCAUGCUUUUCCUUGAGAACUUGAUGUGACAUUCAGUAGCUGUAUAUGAAGCUUUUAUGAGGAUGAUGAUAAUGUUGAUGAUGCUUAAGUUACUGUGGUCACUGUGGGCAGCGACAGAUGAACUUUUGUGGUAAUACACGUGGAAAUGCUGUUACAUGUAAAAUAAGGGAGAAGCUGCUGGGAGAUGGAUUUGAGUUGUGUACAAACAGGACUCCAGCUGUGGCAGGAGAGCAGCUCAUUGUAGUUCACUAACUGGUACCAUUAUCAGGCAUGAGCAUUGCUGUGUAGCAUUGUUUGUGGUAUUACAGUUAUCUGCUGUCAUGUGCUCUACCAGCUGUGUGUUCACCCUGCACACUCCUCAGCACAUACACAACAAAAGCAGCUUCUGAUUUGCAUUGAAUUUUGACUUCAAAUGUAAAAUUGAUUGUUUGAAAACUUCUAGUUAUUUGGUAGUGUUUAGCCUUAGCAUGUAGCUUCUCACAGACUUAGCAGAGAUUGUGGUUAUAUAUUUGUCUGAUUUUCAUCCCUGUGCUUUUAUCCUAAUAUUUUUCUCCUGACAUGUAAAUUGUAACUCGUUUAAUAAAACUGAGGAAAAAGAAGCCAA